AUGUGUUCUACCCUUCAGGCCAUGGGUCUAUGUAUUCUACCCUCUAGGUCCUGGGUCUAUGUGUCUAUCCUUCGGGCCAUGGGUCUAUGUAUGUUCUGCCCUUUUUGGCCGAGUCUAUGUGUUCUACCCACUAGGCCAUGGGUCUAUGUGUUCUAUCAUUCGGGUCAUGGGUCUAUGUGUUCUACCGUUCGGGCCAUGGGUCUAUGUGCUCUACCCUUCAGGCCAUGGGUCUAUGUGUUCUACCCUCUAGGCCAUGGGUCUAUGUGUUCUACCCUUUGGGCCAUGGGUCUAUGUGUUCUACCCUCUAGGCCAUGGGUCUAUGUGCUCUACCCUUCGGGCCAUGGGUCUAUGUGCUCUACCCUUUGGGCCAUGGGUCUAUGUGUUCUACCCUCUAAGCCAUGGGUCUAUGUGCUCUACCCUUUGGGUCAUGGAGUAGUUUCCGUCGUGAUGGGUAAGACAAGAGUUUUCGAGGGAGGUCUCGCUAUUCUAUUUGUGGAUGAAGACCCUCUUGUGGCCAAUAUCAUCAAACAUGAGUAUUCAUCCGCGCCGACAAAGCAAGAAGGGUAA